AUGACACUGGCCGAGAUUCAAAAUGUCGAGAAGGAGAAUGCGGAGCCAGCACAGCACCAGCACCAAUCGAAGAAGAAGAUUCAAGACCUCACCAAGCUGUCGAUCGAGCCAAAAGGCAACGCGCUGGACGCCGACGAGCCACUGCUCCAGGACCUGGACAAUCGUUUCGUGAUCUUCCCGCUGCGACACCAUGAGAUUUGGCAGUUCUACAAGAAGGCCGUCGCCUCGUUUUGGACUGUCGAGGAGGUGGAUUUGGGCAAAGAUAUGAACGAUUGGGAGAAGAUGAAUGGCGAUGAGCAGUACUUCAUCUCCCGCGUGCUCGCCUUCUUCGCCGCCUCCGAUGGUAUUGUUAAUGAGAACUUGUGCGAACGCUUCUCGAACGAAGUCAAAGUCUCCGAGGCGCGCUUCUUCUACGGAUUCCAAAUCGCCAUCGAGAAUAUUCACUCGGAGAUGUACUCAAAGCUCAUCGAGACCUACAUCCGCGAUGAGAAGGAGCGCAUGAAGCUGUUCAACGCCAUCUUCGAGUUCGAGUUCAUCAAGAAGAAGGCCGACUGGGCGCUUCGUUGGAUUUCCGACACCAAGGCCUCGUUCGCCGAACGGCUGAUCGCAUUCGCCGCCGUCGAGGGCAUCUUCUUUAGCGGAUCGUUCGCAUCGAUUUUCUGGCUCAAGAAGCGCGGUCUGAUGCCAGGUUUGACACAUUCCAACGAGCUGAUCUCGAGAGACGAAGGCCUCCACCGCGACUUCGCUUGCCUCCUCUACUCAAUGCUUCAAAACAAGCUGAGCCAAGAGCGCAUCUUCGAGAUCAUCAGAGACGCUGUCGCCAUUGAGCAGGAGUUCCUCACCGAAGCCCUCCCCGUUGACAUGAUCGGAAUGAACUGCCGACUGAUGUCCCAGUACAUCGAGUUCGUCGCCGAUCAUCUGCUCCAGGAGCUCGGAUGCGAUAAGCUGUACAACGUCAAGAAUCCAUUUGACUUCAUGGAGAACAUCUCGAUCGAUGGAAAGACCAACUUCUUCGAGAAGCGCGUUUCCGAGUAUCAGCGACCGGGCGUCAUGGUCAGCGAGACCGAGAGACAGUUCGAUUUGGAAGCGGACUUCUAA